AUGGGAGUCCAGGCGGGUGAGUCCAGGCGGGUGAGUCCAGAGCUGGUGGGACAGACCCUGAACUCUGUCCCACACAAACGCCUCGUGCUCAGAGGCAAGAGAGAUGAGAGAGGCGAGAGAGAUGAGAGAGGCGAGAGAGACGAGAGAGGCGAGAAAGAUGAGAGAGGCGAGAGAGACGAGAGAGGCAAGAGAGAUGAGAGAGGCGAGAAAGACGAGAGAGGCAAGAGAGAUGAGAGAGGCGAGAAAGACGAGAGAGGCAAGAGAGAUGAGAGAGGCGAGAAAGACGAGAGAGGCAAGAGAGACGAGAGAGGCAAGAGAGAUGAGAGAGGCGAGAAAGACGAGAGAGGCAAGAGAGAUGAGAGAGGCGAGAAAGACGAGAGAGGCAAGAGAGACGAGAGAGGCAAGAGAGAUGAGAGAGGCGAGAAAGACGAGAGAGGCAAGAGAGAUGAGAGAGGCGAGAAAGACGAGAGAGGCAAGAGAGACGAGAGAGGCAAGAGAGAUGAGAGAGGCGAGAAAGACGAGAGAGGCAAGAGAGAUGAGAGAGGCAAGAUGCGAAAGAGGCGAGAAAUGAGAAAAGCGAGAGAGGCGAGCGAGAUGAGAGAGCUCAGAGACCCAGACACACCCUCAGUAAAGCUGCAGAGAGUGGUGCGUGUUCUUCUGGUUCUGACGGCGGAGACUGUGGUGACAUGUGACAUCACCUCAGGAGCCGAGUGCAGCCGCAGUAAUCGUCUCUGA